AUGGGCGUCUUCUCCUGGUUCUCUAAAUCGGGGUCAAAAGGCUAUGAAGAGCGCCUCGCCAAGCUGGCUUCCGAGAUCGAAGCCGCGAAGACGCAUCUCUCAGAGGUGCGGCUACGUGAACGCCGGUUCAAGCUCGCCAUCAAUGCAUACGGCAUUGGUCUUUGGGCUAUCUGGGUAGGCCUUUGGUACUUUGACCAGAUCCCAUGGGGUCUCGUCGGGUGGUCUUCGCACGGCAACGAAGCGCGUGCUGUCGGUACUGCCAUCGUCGCUGCGGGCCCGAUUCUGCUCCUGAGCAUCAUCUUCACCCGUAUCCGUAUCAGCGACGAAACUCGUCUCCGUCUCCUGCUUAGCAAACAACGCACCGCGAUCGACGAGAUUAAGAAGGCUACUAACUACGACUCGACCCGCAAGCUCAUCGAACAGUACGACGAAGCUGGCGGUCCUCAGCGUGGCCAGCAGCGUGGCCCACAGUCUGCGCCCAACACGCCUCCUUCAGCUGGAUCUGGGCCUAGCACUCCCAACAACGCACAAGGGAGUCAGCCGGGAGUUCUGAACGCUCCUGGCCCUCAAGGUCCCCAAGGCCCCGUCGGUCCUGAUGGCACCCCCCGCGCUCCCGGUCACCUCGCCGGCGGCACGCCCCGCCCCUCGACUCCUGUUCCCAUUCCUCCUGGUAUGACGCCUGAGCAGGCGCACUUCCUGCAGACGCACAUGCAGGCGAUUCAGCCGAUCCUCCCUACGCCUGAGAAGAAGUGCGCAAGCCGCGGAGAACAAGUACGCGCUCGUGUGCGCCGAGUGCUUCCGGCACAACGGACUGGUGGGAAGCAAGCGGGAAUGGGAGCGUAUGCAGUGGAUCUGCCCGCGUAUGUUGGCGUCGUUCUAUGGCAACUGACCCCAGGCUGCAAUCACCUGAACCCGAGCCCCCUUCAGCGAGCGGCGGAGGCGGGCGACGACGACAUGUUCUCGACGCCGGGACCGAUCGAGACCCCCUCCAAGCCCGUUACGCUGCGCAGCGCGCCCAGUCCGACGCCACUCCGUCGCCGCCUUGCCGGCCAGCGCGCGGGUCCCGGUUCGUCCCGCUUAAGCACCGAGGUGUUCUCGGCGCAGGACGACAGCGACGAGGAGGGCGACAGUGUCGACGACGCGAUGGAUGUGGACAAGGACAAGUAG